AUGUCUACCGACAAAGAAGCGGGCACUGCGCUCAAGGUGCAGGGAAACAAGGCCUUUGGUGAACACAACUGGCCUGUCGCUGUCGACUUUUAUAACCAGGCUAUUGCUAAAUACGACAAGGAUCCGUCCUUCUUCUGCAAUCGCGCACAGGCUCAAAUCAAACUCGAGGCCUUCGGAUUUGCUAUUGCGGACGCCACCAAGGCAUUGGAACUAGAUCCCACCUAUGUGAAAGCUUACUGGAGACGUGCUCUCGCCAAUAGCGCAAUCCUCAGUUACAAGGAAGCCUUGAAGGAUUUCAAGGCUGUCCUCAAGCACGAACCGGGCAACCAAGCUGCGAGGUUGAAGACAGUUGAGUGCGAGAAGCUUGUGCGCCGUAUAGAAUUCGAGCGAGCCAUUGAGGUAUCAGACCCACCCUCGGUAUUCGCGGAAUUGGAUAUCGAUGCCAUCAAGGUUGAGGACAAUUAUGAUGGUGUGCGCCUUGGAGAGGAAAUGACACAGGAGUUUAUCGAUGAUAUGAUCCAGCGUUUCAAGGAUGGAAAGAAGAUCCAUCGCAAGUAUGUCUUCCAAAUUAUUAAGGCCGUGAAGGAGCUUGUCUACAACGAGCCUACAAUGGUGGAAAUUGGUGUUGAAUCGGGCAAGAAGUUGACGGUUUGCGGUGAUACCCACGGCCAAUACUUCGACUUGCUCGAGAUCUUCCGACGAAACGGUGCUCCCUCAGAUACCCACGCUUAUCUAUUCAACGGUGACUUUGUCGACCGUGGCUCUUGGUCUUGUGAAAUUGCUCUCUUGCUUUAUGCCUACAAGUGGCUGCGGCCUAACGGUCUUUUCUUGAACCGUGGAAACCACGAGACCGACGAUAUGAAUAAGGUUUAUGGAUUCGAAGGCGAAUGUAAGGCUAAGUAUAACGAGAAGGUCUUCAAAGUAUUCUCUGAGUCCUUCUCGGCCCUGCCCUUGGCCACCUUGAUUGGUGACAAGUACCUUGUCCUCCACGGAGGCCUUUUCUCUGAUGACAAGAUUACGCUGGAUGAUAUCCGCAAGCUCAACCGCCACAACCAAAGGCAACCCGGCCAGGCAGGCCUCAUGAUGGAGAUGCUCUGGACCGACCCCCAAACCAGCCCUGGUCGUAGCCCCAGCAAGCGCGGUGUCGGUGUUAUGUUCGGUCCGGAUGUUACCAAGCGCUUCUGUGAGAACAACGGAUUGGAGGCUAUUAUCCGCUCCCACGAGGUGCGCAUGGGCGGUUACGAAGUCGAGCACGAUGGCCGCUGUAUCACCGUCUUCUCUGCCCCUAGGUACUGUGACGCCACAGAAAACAAGGGUGCCUACAUCAACAUUGGACCUGAACUCAAGCUUGAAUAUGAAGUGUUUGAGGCGGUGCCCCACCCUGACAUCAAGCCAAUGGCUUAUGCGCAAAAUUCGCUUCUUUCGGGAAUGUGA